AUGACUCCUCAGGAUACUCCAGUAGCUUCAAAUGGACAAACUACACGUAAAAUUGCUUUAAUUACUGGUAUUACUGGACAAGAUGGAAGUUAUCUUGCUGAGUUCUUACUCGAAAAAGGGUAUCAGGUUCAUGGUAUUAUUCGACGUUCAAGUAGUUUUAAUACUGGUCGAAUCAAUCAUCUUUAUGCAAAUCCAGAAUCACACACAGAAGGAGCUAUGAAAUUACAUUAUGGUGAUUUAAAUGAUAGUUCAUCAUUAGUUAAAAUAGUUGCCAGUGUUAAACCAACAGAAAUCUAUAAUUUAGGUGCAAUGAGUCAUGUUAAAAUUUCAUUUGAUUUAAGUGAAUAUACAGCUGACGUUGAUGCUGUUGGUACAUUACGUCUUUUGGAUGCUAUUCGAACAUGUGGUCUUGAAAAAGAUGUACGAUUUUAUCAAGCAUCAACAUCUGAACUUUAUGGUAAAGUUCAAGAAAUUCCACAAAGUGAAACAACACCAUUCUAUCCUCGAUCACCAUAUGCUGCUGCAAAAUUAUAUGCCUAUUGGAUAACAAUUAAUUAUCGUGAAGCAUAUAAUAUGUUUGCUGUUAAUGGAAUUCUUUUCAAUCAUGAAUCACCACGACGAGGUGAUAAUUUCGUUACGAGAAAAAUUACUCGCGGUGUUGCAAAAAUUUUUCAUCAAACACAAGAAGUACUUGAACUUGGUGCUCUAGAUUCAAAACGUGAUUGGGGACAUGCACGUGAUUAUAUUGAAGCUAUGUGGCUUAUGUUACAACAUGAUACACCUGAAGAUUUUGUUAUUGCAACUGGUGAAACACAUAGUGUUCGAGAAUUUGUUGAAGCAGCAUUCCAAGAAAUAGGAAAACGAAUUGUAUGGGAAGGUGAAGGUAUCAAUGAAAUUGGAAAAGAAAAAGGUACUGAUAUUACUCGUGUUGUAGUCAAUCCAAAAUAUUUUCGACCCACUGAAGUUGAACUUUUAAUUGGCAAUCCAAAGAAAGCUGAAGAAAAACUUAAAUGGAAACCUAAAAUAACAUUUCAAGCAUUGGUUAAAGAAAUGGUUGCAGCCGAUAUUGAACUUAUGCGAAAAAAUCCAACAGCUUAG